AUGCUGCAGUCGCAAUUAGAUCCUCUUCCCAACGAUCUCCCCUUUCGCAUUGUGUCGAAAACAAUCGGGCGAGGUGCCUACGCAUCAAUCAAAAAGGCGAAACCUUUAGACGGCGAAACGCCAGUCUUUGCGGUCAAACUGAUACACAAGGGCUAUGCCAUUAAGCAUGGCCGCAUAUCAGCCAAGCAGAUCGCCAUGGAGGUGUCUCUGCACUCCCACAUAGGCCAGCAUCCCAACAUCAUCGAGUGGUUCGCCACGGGUGAGGACAAUGUAUGGCGGUGGAUUGCUAUGGAGUACGCCGAGGGAGGCGACCUGUUUGACAAGAUCGAAGCCGAUGUGGGCGUCCCGCAGGACAUCGCCCAUCUCUACUUCUUGCAGCUUGUGAGCGGUGUAAGCUUCAUGCACUCCAAGGGCGUCGGCCAUCGAGACCUCAAGCCCGAGAACAUCCUCAUGUCAGAGGACGGCAACCUCAAGAUUGCCGAUUUCGGCAUGGCCACCAUGUUUGAGUACAAAGGCCAAAAGAAGCAGAGUGCCACCAUGUGUGGUAGCCCCCCCUACAUCGCGCCCGAGGUCCUGAUGAGCGCGAAGAUGGACAGGAAAGCACCAGGGGCAGUCAAAUACUCUGCGGACCUUGUCGAUAUCUGGUCCUGCGGUGUCAUCCUUUUCGUACUACUUGUCGGCAACACUCCUUGGGACGAGCCUACAUCGACCAGCUGGGAAUUCCAAGAGUACGUCCGCACCAGCGGCCGAAGCACGGACGCCCUCUGGGAGCGCAUACCGCCCGAGGCGCUCUCUUUACUGCGCGGCAUGAUGAACGUUGAGCCCAACAGACGAUUCUCUUUUGCCCAGAUCCGGCAGCACCCCUGGUACACACGUCCCAAUUCAUUGCUCACCUCUGAUGGCAAGGUGUCCAACCCCAUAGAGCUGGCCACGCAGAUGCUAGCUAAUCUACACGUCGAUACAAACCAGCAACCCACGCCCUCGCAGCGUCGUGCCGCGAUGGACACGGCCAUGGAUCUCGACAGUGCUCCCUCGGCAGAGGACUGGUCUGCCAAGUUCUCCGCUACCCAGCCAGAGGUGCCCAUCAGCGACGUGGCCUUUGAUCUCGAACGCCCAGUCAUGCGCUCUCUGGGCCAGUUCGCCGUGUCUUCGACGCAGCCGGUCUCGAGGGCCGACGCGGCCGUGACGGCCGCCCGCCCGCACCACGGCGCCCUGUUCGACAGCCUGGCGAUGGAGCCCAGCAUGAGCCAGUUCAACCACAACAACAGCAACCGCGUGCCGCUGACGCUGACGCAGAACGCCCAGCGCUUCCGCGACAUCGUGCCCUCGUACUCGCUCGCGCGCUUCUUCUCGGCCGUCCCGCCCGCCCUGCUCGUCCAGAUGCUCGGCGCCGCCCUGCACCAGCUCAACGUCCUGCUGCCCUCGGGCUACGGCGACAACCUGCGCCUCGGCGCCGACGGCCACGUCACGACGCUGCGCGUGCGCACGCUCGACGGCCGCGGCCAGAGCCUGCACGGCGAGAUCCACGUCGACCGGUACGCGCUGCCCGACGGGCAGGGCGAGGAGCUGCUCGAGGUGCGGUUCGUCAAGAUCAAGGGCGACCCGCUCGAGUGGCGCCGCUUCUUCAAGAAGAUGGUCGUGCUGUGCAAGGACGCCAUCUACAGCAACGAGGAGGGCCAGGCCUAG